AUGAAAGUGGCGGACAUCGCGCCAGGUACUUUCGCCGAAAUUAGUUCCGCAAAGCUGGCGCGCGAGAAAACGGCAGUAAUGGAGUCUCUCGAAGAUAUUCUAUACGGAUCGGUCGCCGGUGUCACUGGCAAGUAUAUCGAAUACCCUUUCGAUACCGUCAAGGUCCGGCUUCAAUCCCAACCCGACCAUCUACCCCUCCGCUACAAGGGUCCAUUGGACUGCUUUCGGCAGUCGAUCAAAGCCGACGGCGUCCUGGGCUUAUACCGUGGCAUCAGUGCGCCCUUAUUUGGUGCUGCUGCCGAGACGAGCAGUCUCUUCUUCUUCGAGCGAAUUGGGAGGGAAACAAUAUAUACCUGGGGGUUAUGCGCCCGAGACCAGAUCCUCCCUCUGCCAGCACUAUGGUUUACUGGCGCAUUCGCGGGCGCCUUCACCUCCUACGUCCUGACGCCCAUUGAGCUCGUCAAAUGCAAGAUCCAGGUUCCAGCCUCGUCCAGUGUGGAUGGGGUGGUAAACAACAAAGCCCCUGGGGUCUUCUCGAUCAUCCGGGAUGUGUAUAGGCACGAGGGUCUCAAGGGCUUCUGGCGCGGCCAAACCGGUACUUUGAUUCGAGAAACAGGUGGUUGCGCUGCGUGGUUUGGAUUCAAGGAGACCACAACGAAGCUCUUUUAUGCGCUCAACGAGCGGGGAUUAAAGAAUAAGUCAGAGAGAGAUGCUCUGAGGACAGAGGCUCUGCCGCUAUGGCAGCAGGCUGUCGCCGGUGCCAAUGCUGGCGUGUCCUACAAUUUCCUAUUCUUCCCCGCCGACACGAUCAAGUCACGCAUGCAGACUACUGCCAUCGGGCUCAGGGGCGCGCAAACUACAUUCUUACAAGAAGGCAAAGCCUUAUGGCGACAAUAUGGCUUGCGCGGGCUCUACCGCGGAUGCGGUAUAACGUGCAUACGAUCUGCCCCGAGCUCAGCCUUCAUAUUUAUGGUCUAUGAUGGUCUCAAGAGGCAUGUGCCUCUGUGA